CGGCACAUGCCUCCACUGAGGUGCGCUAUUCACAUACAUCCCCUCUCUUGAUGACGCUCCGUGCUAUAAACAGUGCUGACGCUGGGCUGCGUCCGUGCAUCUCUAGGGAAACGCUGGGAGAGAGGAGGAAUCCUAUAAACUUGGAGCCAAAUACGCGACUGUUCAUUCACAUCCAUGCCAUCGAACCUCUACACAUUAGACAAUUCCAUCGUUCAAAGUGAAAUGGCAAGAAAAUCGGAUGUCCCUUCCCCUUAUUACGGAGAACCACGCAAGUUUGACCCAACAUUCAGAGGACCAAUCAGCAACAGAAGCUGUACAGACGUGCUUUGCUGUGUGAUCUUCAUCAUCGUCAUCCUUGGAUACAUAGCACUGGGGACUGUGGCGUGGCUACACGGUGACCCCAGGAAGGUGAUCUACCCUACAGACAGCUACGGACAGUUCUGUGGGCAGAAGGGCACCCCAAACGCAAAAAAAUCCAUACUGUUCUACUUCAAUAUCCUGAAAUGUGCCAACCCUGCUGUCCUCAUCAACCUCCAGUGUCCCACCACUCAGAUGUGUGUUUCCAAGUGCCCGGACAGAUUUGCAACCUACACAGAUAUGCAGUUGCAAUACCAAAUCACUGCAGCCCCCUGGGAAUAUUACAGGCUGUUCUGCAAACCAGGAUUCAACAACCCAACAAAGCCUGUUGCACAAGUGUUACGAGACGAGGACUGUCCAUCAAUGAUUGUGCCUAGCAGACCGUUCCUACAGCGUUGUUUUCCUGACUUCAUCACUCUGAACGGAACCCUGACGGUGGCCAAAAGAACCCACUUCAAAGAUGCCCUGGACAAAGCCCGCAGUGUGACUGAACUAAGAGACGCCGCCAAUGGCAUCACAGGUCUAGUGGAUGCUAAGGAGGUUGGGAUGAAGAUUGUGGAGGACUACGCCGCCUCAUGGAACUGGAUCUUAAUAGGUCUGGUGAUAGCACUGGUGGUCAGUCUGAUCUUCAUCCUGCUGCUACGUUUCACUGCCGGACUCCUCCUCUGGUUCACCAUCAUCGCCGUCAUACUGGUGAUCGCUUACGGGAUAUGGCACUGUUACCUGGAGUUCUCCCUUUUGAGGCAGCAGCCCGGGGCAGAUGUGACCAUCGUAGACAUCGGCUUCCAGACAGACGUCACGGUUUACCUGCAUCUCAGUCAAACAUGGCUCAUCUUCUUGAUAGCUCUGUGUACCAUAGAGGCCUCCAUCUUGAUCAUUCUGAUCUUUCUGAGGAAGAGAGUACGGAUCGCUAUCGCUCUACUGAGGGAGGGAAGCAAGGCUGUUAGCUACAUCAUGUCAACACUUUUCUACCCAAUCAUCACCUUCCUGCUGCUGGCCAUCUGCAUCUCCUACUUUUCCGUCACCUCUGUAUUCCUGGCCUCCUCUGGAGAUGCCAUCUAUAAAGUAAUGGCUGCUGAGCCCAACUGCAUGUACGCAAACAAGACAUGCGAUCCUGAGACUUUCAACAAGACCAACGUGUCCAAGACGUGUCCGGGCGCCCAGUGUACAUUUGCGUUCUACGGCGGGGAGACGCCCUACCACCGCUACCUCUUCAUCCUCCAGCUGUCCAACCUGCUCAUCUUCCUGUGGCUGGUCAACUUUAUCAUCGCCCUGGGCCAGUGUACCCUGGCUGGGGCCUUCGCCUCCUACUACUGGGCCCGGAGGAAGCCCCAGGACAUCCCCACCUGCCCCCUGUUUUCUUCAUUUAGCAGGGCCAUACGGUAUCACACUGGCUCGCUGGCAUUUGGUGCUCUGAUUCUGGCCCUGGUUCAGAUGGCUCGAAUUAUCCUGGAGUAUCUAGAUUCAAAACUCAAAGGUGCCAGGAACGUGGCAGCACGCUUCCUGCUCUGCUGCCUCAAAUGCUGUUUCUGGUGUCUAGAGCGCUUCAUCAAAUUCAUGAACAGAAAUGCUUACAUUAUGAUUGCGAUAUAUGGGAAGUGCUUCUGCACGUCAGCUCGAGAUGCCUUCUGCCUAUUGAUGAGAAACGUAGUAAGGGUGGCGGUGCUGGACAGAGUGACAGACUUCCUACUGUUCCUGGGGAAAGUGCUAAUAGCAGGGAGUGUAGGCGUCAUAGCCUUCUUUUUCUUCACACACAAAAUACCAAUUGUUCAGGAAGAUGUGCCGACCUUGCAUUACUACUGGGUACCUCUACUGACGGUGAUAUUCGGGUCCUAUUUGAUCGCUCAUGGAUUCUUCAGCGUCUAUGCAAUGUGUGUGGACACGCUGUUUCUGUGUUUCUGUGAGGACUUGGAGAGGAAUGACGGGAGCCCUGAGAAACCCUUCCUCAUGUCUGCUGAGCUGCACAGUAUUCUGAGAAAAACUGAGCACCACUGAGGAACGCAACACUCUCCUACAAAACUAAUAGCUUUACUUCUUCCAAGUUAUUUAGCAUGCUUUAAACUGAACAGAGCUCAACUCUGGCUACCUACACUAUGCUGUCUAUCAGCUAACAAGGAGAUAUCAGUCUCUAAUGGAGAAUGAGACCACUGACUGUGACUUUUGAAACUCAGAAACUUCUAUAGUCUUCAGAACUAACAUUGACUGAUUUUGAGAGACUCAUACGAACACUUACAUUGACUAUGACGUGUGAUCAUUAGAAUAACUGUUAGACUUAGAGAAUCGAACAAUGAGACUAAUAGUGUGGCCAUUAGACUUUGCUACUGCCUUACCUCAAGACUAGGGACUGACAGGCUGGAACUAUUUUGGAACAAGUUCAGGUGGUCAGACUUCACUGUGACUUGUGCUGAUACUGAAACAAACUUGUAACUCUCUGGUCCAGAGAGAGAGAGAAACACUUCUGGUUUGCUCCAAACAGAUCAGAGGCUAUGCAUAUCCAACAUGCAGUACACUACUGUAUCAUCCCUAGCAUCAUUAUUAGUCCUCAGCAGCUGUACUGUAACUGCAGUUUACAUGGACGAUGGCCCUUACUGCAAAAACAAUCACGCUAUGAACUUCCAUAUUUAGA